UCUACAGGUAUCACCCAGCUCGGUUGUGUCUUAGUGAAUGCUAGUCAGCACACUUAGUUUGCUCAAUUCGUCACCUUGCUGUCGACCUUUAAUCUUGAGCCCACAGAUACUCCGUUUUCUAUCGUCCUAAAGUGAUAUCUCCGGCACGUAGCGAACAUCCCUCCUGGUGUAGCUUUUGAUAUUCAGUCCCUUCGAGACUCAACCCCUCUGUCGAUCACACUCUUUGGAAGCAAAAACAUGCUCCAUACCUUUUCCGCCGUUUACCUUGGCUUUAUCGUCUUCGCGCUAUGCACCGCAGUCUCAAGACAUCCCUCCACCGCCAUGGAAUUGGUACCUGUCCGGGAGAGCCAUCCUGAUAGCACCAUGUAUUUAUGGCGGCCGUACACAGUGUACUUUGUUGGCGACAGGCACUUUGACCCCCUCCAAAGAGUUGUACCCAGAUCCGAAAAUGUUACGCAGUUUGACCUCUACGCUCAGUCAUAUCUAAAUAUGGUUGUGUAUUACUUCAGAGAACAAUUCUACGGCUGUGAUGUCAAAAUCAAGGUCAUAGGAACACGUAUCUUUACCGCUCAGGAAGAAGAAUUAUACCUCCCAAAAAUCUCGAGAGACGGACGGAUACUUGCUGAUUUGCGAAAUGUAACAUUCGAGGAAUUUUUUGCCCUGAAUCCCGAAGUGGACGCGGCGGAUAUAGUGGUUUUUCUCACGGGGUACAGUUUGCUAUACAGCAAUGAUGAUAAGACCGUGUACUCCCCAGACGAGUCCAGAAUUUGCACUCGGGACAAGUACACUGUGCUCACUGAUCAAGCCUUUAGUUACGCUGCAGACGUCGACCUUGCAUGGGACCUGAUACACAAGAUGGGAGUUGAAGGGUACGACCCUUCCGGGAAUGUUUGCCUCCGCAUUCAGAACUCAUACAGACAAUCUCUCACCGGGAAUGCGGUUUCAAAUGGAGAGCCUGUCCUCUGUUACAACACCAUGAAUACCUGCUGUCUUCCCGAUUUCUACGGAAUAUACAACCUACGCAGAGAACCUCUUUGCAAGCGUUACAACGGCAGGGAGUUAGCUCUCACAUACGUGGGAGAAAAACACAUGUGCGACUACAAUUGCCUAGAGGAAAAGGGACUUGCAGUGGGAGGUUCACCCAUAGGAACGGUGAAGAAAGCGACGUCGGAGUAUUGGACCCGAUCUCUACUUUGCCCUUCAGACGAGGAUGAGAUCUGCAACCCAUAUGGGUCUCAUCAUCAUCGUACAUACAAGGAUUUCAAAAAGGCAAUCAUCAAUGCGUGGGAAUUGGACGACUACGAAGUUCCAGAAACAGAUGUGACAUUCUGCAUGCAAUAGGGAACACUGUUUUCAGGAGUCAGAAUAAAGGUUUGCACAUUGCGUUCAUAACAGAAAUUGUUGAAGUAUGAUGUAUGUUUCAAAAAAAGAAA